AUCAAAAAUAAAGAAUUGUUUGUUUAUAAUGAUCAUUUGAUCCACCAUUCAGAGAAAUGUUUUCAUUCGGUUAUUCUUUCGAUAAAUUGUAUCCGAUAAUUUUAAUGAUAUUAUUAUUUUAUGGCCAAUCAUCGAUAAUAUCGGCAGAAAAAUCGAUAAACAUUUUGAAAAAUAAUUCCAAAUCAGAAUUGGAACAGCAUCCAAAAUCAUCAUCGAACAACGUUGACAAUAUUAAUUGGUGUGAAAUAUCAUUUUGUCCGGAUAAAAAUUAUGGACCACAAUCACCAUAUAUCCCUUGUGAUCAUUUACCAAUGGAUUUUAUUGAAUGUGAUGAAUUAAUUGAUCAUCAAAAUAAUGAAACAUCAUUCAAACAAUCAGGUAAUAUUGGUUGUCUUGAAUUUCAAGGUGGACAACAUGGAAUCUAUUUUGGCUCAACAUAUUGUCAUGCUCUAAGUUUUAUCGAAUGUUAUGGUAAUCGAACAUUCAUACGUAAAGGAUUACCAUGUGUUCGUUAUAAUGGUCAUUAUUUUAUAACUGCAUUAUUGUUUUCAGUUUUAUUGGGUUUUCUUGGUAUGGAUCGAUUUUAUCUUGGUCAUAUUGGUACGGCAAUUGGUAAAUUAUUAACAAUCGGUGGUGUUGGUAUUUGGUGGAUUGUCGAUAUUAUUCUAUUGAUAACCGGUAAUCUAAUGCCUGAAGAUGGUAGUAAUUGGAUGCCUUUUGUUUGAAUGAAAAAAAUAGUUGUUGUUUUUCAAAAGUAAAUUUGUAAACAAAACAAAAUCAUUGUGAUCAACACAAUCGCAAAUCAAAUACUUUGCUGUUGUGUUAUUCUAUUUGUAAAUAUUAUUAACGCGUUCGCUACCAGCGACGCAUAUAUGCGUCGUUUAUUUGCUGU